AUGGAAAUAUCACCAGACAGGGUGUUCUUCACCUCUCGAGCAUACAGACUUAAAGCCCAUCUUUAUCGUCCCAAUGUCACAACACGUGACCAGAAGGGAGCUGCCAUUGUCAUCGCACAUCCAUGGUCCUCGAUAAAAGAACAAUCCCCCGCCAAUUACGCACGUUUGCUUUGCAAAGCAGGCUUCUUCUGUCUUACAUUCGAUGCAGCAUUUCAAGGCGAAUCGGAGGGCGAGCCCCGCUCACUCGAAGACCCAUAUCAGCGUGUCGAGGAUAUUAAAAGUGCCGUCACAUACCUGGUGGGGCGCAGAGAUGUCGAUUCUGACAGGAUAGGUGUCUUAGGAAUAUGCGCCUCUGGCGGAUAUGCCUCAUUUGCUGCACAGACCGACCUUCGCAUCAGAGCGUGCGCAACAACAGCCGCCGUGUGUGUUGGGAUAAUGGCGCGCCGUGGAUUCGAUCGGGAUUCAGCCAACUUGGAUACUCUGAAGGGGCAGCUAGAACUUGCUGCAAAAGAUCGGAACAGUGACAUUGGAGGGGAGAAAGUGGAUCUAGUGAAACUGAUCCCGUCGACGCUUGAAGAAGCAGUCGGGCUGACUGAGUCGUUUCAAGACUUGACGCAAUACUUUCGCAAGAGGCAACCCCACAAACGGGCGCCGAAUACUUGCCUUGCAAGGAGCUGGGAUAUGAUGGCUAAUUUCGACGCUUUCGCUUUCAACUAUCUGAUUAGUCCGAGACCGUUGCUGAUGAUAACGGGAUCAAGGGCAGCAACAAGGUGGUUCAGUGGAUAUGGGAUCGUGAAAGCUCGAGAGCCGAAAGAAUUAUAUUCAGUAGAGGGCCUCACACAUGCAGAUCUGUACGAUCAUGUUGAUGAAGCGGGCGCAAAACUGGUCGAUUUCUUUGAACACUCUUUUCAGCAUGUUGGCUCGUAG